AGUGCUGCAAAGCGAGCACUGGCACGCUUUUACAGUGCUGAAGCUUCUCCAUCGCCAAGAGUCAUUUUCUCUGGUAUCCAGCCUACUGGGGUACCACAUCUCGGCAACUAUCUGGGUGCUAUGCAGCAAUGGGUCAAACUACAGAAUGAGGCCUCUUCUAACACAUCCCUGAUCUACUCGGUAGUGGAUCUUCAUGCUAUCACAGUACCUGCUCAUUCUGAACUCAUGUGGAUAUUGAGCUGUUCAGCAUCUAUGGGUUAUCUCUCGAGGAUGACACAAUGGAAGAGUAAACUCGACUUGGACGAAAACGCCAACCCUUUGGAUCCUUCGACCAAGACAAAGUUGAAGCUCGGCCUCUUCUCGUACCCUGUCCUACAAGCGGCAGAUAUCCUGAUACACAGAGCCACACACGUACCCGUCGGCCAUGAUCAGUCUCAACAUCUCGAAUUUGCACGAGAGUGUGCUGCUGGCUUCAACCACCUAGCUGGCAGCAAGAUUCUCGUACAGCCAGAGACAUUGCUUUAUCUGUANGCUCCUGCAAAACGUGUAAUGGCCCUCGACCGGCCAACGCANAAAAUGUCGAAAUCAGCACCGAAUCCAAAGUCACGCAUCCUGAUCACGGACUCAUCCUCCACCAUCUCGAAGAAGCUGCGUGUGGCUUUGACCGACAGUAUUGAAGGCGUGACAUACGACCCCAAAACUCGACCUGGUGUAUCUAAUCUCAUUGAGAUUGCUUUCAACCUCGACAGCUCGAAUCAUGGUGCAGUCAGUCCUGCAGAUUAUGCCAAGGAGUUCGAGGGACUGAGCCUCAAGGCAUUGAAAGAAAAGGUUGCUGAGGUCGUGGAUGGACAUCUCGCGCCUAUUCGUGCAAGGUUCGAAGAGAUUGUUGGCGGUGAUGGAAAGAUCAUCGAAGAAGCAGCACAGACUGGUGCUGAGAAGGCACGGAAGUCUGCCGAGUUGACUAUGCAAGCAGUCAAACAUGCAGUCGGCUUUUGA